CACCGCAAGCAAAUACAACCAUAGAUAUGAGAGAGAGCGACGCAAUGAUCAUGCAGAUCAAGUAAAGACCACAACCAUUGCUAUCCAUUAGGAAACCUCCUUCCUCUCCAUGAAAAGCGAUCACGUCUCUUGCCAUCUUUAAUUUGUGUCUAUCUUCUGCCAAAGAAAAUUCGUAAUGGCGUGGCUAAAAACCCAAAGAGAUUUUCUACAGGCGCUGAAGAGAAGGCAAUCUCUGAAGAUGAGAAAUCAUCUAAGGUAAUCUCUCCUAUUUACAUUGACAAAUGCUUUGAUGAUUAAAUGCUAACUUCUUUGAUUUACCGGACAUGAAGAGAAGUGAAGCUGCUGAUACGCAUGUGGAAUAUCCAUCACUUUUUCCUCCUGUUAAUGAAGUAAGACUUCUGUAUUUGAAUCAAUAGAUCAAAUAUUACAGUUGCUGCUUUCUGAUUCCCUGCAAAGUUUUCUGCUUUCUGGAUUUCUUCAUCACUUAACAAAAGUAUUGCAUCUUUAUAAAUUGCAGGCUAACAAGAACAAUAUGUGCUUCGAUUCUUUUGACAAUGAAAAGCUUCCAGUAGCUGACAAGGUUGUAGAUGGUUCUUCACUUAUUAAGCAACUUCCUACGGGUAUAUAUAAAACUUUUACCGCAUGCUAAUUCAUUGAAAUUUCGGAUUUAAUUAAUAUAAAUGAUCUUCACCGGCCAAAAAAGAGUCUAAAAGAUCUUCUUUGUCUACCUCUGAUGAAAACUGCAGAUGAUAGAAGGGCUCCCGAGGGAAACAGGAUUGUUGGUGGACUUAUGGCCCUGAUUAUGGGAAUUGUCACUAUGGUUCGCCUGUCAAAGAAUGUGCCCAGGAAACUCACUGAAGCUGCCUUGUAUGGCACUUGUUAUUCUGAAACAAUCAAUGGUAGUGCUGAUAAGUCUGCCUCCAGCUCUGAAUACAUUUCCAUGGUGAAGCGCGUGGCUGAAUUGGAAGAGAAGAUGAGUGUUGUUUUCAACAGGCAACAAGCAGCCAUGCCACCUGAUAGAGAGGAGAUGCUGGCUGCUGCCUUAAACCGGGUCAACAACCUGGAACAAGAGCUGUCAGCAACAGGGAAGGUAAUUCAUUAGACUUAUCUAGAUUUCAAUUCUCAAAGAGAAGAAGAAUUCCUUAAAACAGAUAACUAAAUGCUAUGGUUUUUGCAUCUGGUUUUCUUUGUGUAGCUGCUUGAGGACGUGCUUGUGAAACAACAGGAGCUUGUUGCCUGCAUUGAGAAGAAGAAAAAGAAGAAGAAACUUGUAAGUUACAGAAUCCUACCACUGCUUCAUUAGUUCAAAUUCAUUCAGGUUUUAGAUAGGGUGAAGACCUUUGAUUUAGCAGUUUCUACGAUUUUGAAUGCAGAAGCCACUCUGCUGGGUAAGAUGAUAGAAGCUAGUUUCUGUAAGAUCUCCAUUGAAUAGUGUGGUGGUGGUGAAGGUGGUGGUGAUUCUCAGCCCCAAAGAUGAACCCUUUUGAAUUCAAACUAUGUUUUUGCUUUGUAAAACAUUUUAAACCAAAGCCCUUGGACAUUAUUAAUACGCUGUUUGGCAUUCUUCUUUGGUUUGUGUAUGCGUUGAAAGCAAGUCAGAAACUUCAACCAAAUGCAUUUUGGCAUUUGAAAAGCAGUAUAACCUGAUAUAUUAUCCUCUGUAAUAACAGUAGAUGAUAUUU